UUAAACCGCGCAUCUGUUUCGUCCCGAUUCCCGAACUCUAAACGCCCCAUAUCCUCUUCCCCCCAGUAAAGAUUCGAGACCUAACUAUCUUUCCCAUGGAUUCUCCGAGGAGCCCCGCGAGUUUCCUGACGCAGGCCAACGCCCUCCUCCGCAAGAACCUCUGCCUCCAGAAGCGCAACCUAAAGACAAACAUUGGCAUCACUGUCUUCCCAAUCCUCAUCUGCGUUCUGCUUGUCGUGCUCCAGAACGUCAUCAAUAACGAACUCGACAAGCCCAAGUACCACUGUGGCUGUGCCUGUGUCGAGACCAACUUAGAUGGAAGCUGCAAGAAGAGAGAGUGUGGCAUCCAAUACUCGACACUGGAGCAGGUUUGGAGCUGCGCAAUUACAAGUCCACCAAGGUGGCCUGCCCUGAUUCAGGUCCCCCAGCCUGAGUUCCGAGCUGUCAAGACAUUAUCCCAGCCAUUUGAUGAUUUACCUGAUCCCUCUUGCCGUGACUCUAAGUCUUGCCCCGCCACUGUCCUAAUCACCGGAAAGGACCGAACGUUUGCUGAAAGUUUUUCAGGAGGUCUGUUCCCUGCUUUCUCUCCCACUCUUAAUGUGACAGAUUAUCUUGAUGCACUCUCCAGGAUAGUUGCUGGUUCAGAUACGGCACCAUGGUAUACACAGUUGGUAGAGCCUGCGUUUUCUUCUUCGGAUACUUUAUAUCUGGUCCAGCCUCAGUGCCUACCCUUCUUGUCGCAGAACAUUUCAUAUAAUGCAAGGGGCAUACCCCUUCAGCUCAAUAUACAGUGCGUUGAAGGUUUGCUGCUAUGGCGCGACAAUAUAUCUGUUAUCAAUGAUGAAUUAUCAAAGGGUUAUAUACAAAAAGGAGGACAACCAAACGAGUUUAUUGCAGGUUAUGACUUCAUGAAUACGACGGAAUAUGGCCUUGAUAUAAAUGUUUGGUACAACUCUACUUAUAACGAUAAAACUGCAUAUUCAUUCAUCGCAGCAUUACGAGUUCCACGUUUGGUGAAUGCUGUAUCCAACACAUAUCUCAAAUUUAUCAGAGGAACUGGGGUGGAAGUUCUACUUCAAUAUGUAAAAGAAAUGCCCAAAGUUGGUACAAGUUUUAGGUUUGAUCUCUCUUCUCUUCUCAGUGCGCUAUUCUUCACAUGGAUCGUUGAACUGCUUUUCCCAGUUAUGUUGACAUAUCUGGUGUAUGAAAAGCAACAAAAGCUAAAACUUAUGAUGAAGAUGCAUGGUCUGAAGGAUGGGCCUUACUGGAUGAUAUCUUAUGCUUAUUUCUUUGUUCUGUCGGUUGUCUAUAUGACAUUUUUUGUGAUUUUUGGAUCCUUGAUAGGUCUGAAUUUCUUCAGAGUCAACAGCUAUGGCAUACAAUUUGUUUUUUUCUUCGUCUAUAUAAAUUUGCAAAUUGCUUUUGCAUUUUCUGUGGCAUGUUUCUUUUCUUCUGUCAAGAUGGCUACAGUGAUUGGUUACAUCUAUGUAUUUGGCUCUGGCUUACUGGGGGCAUUUCUUUUCCGCUUUUUUAUUGAGGACAGGACUUUUCCCCGUGGUUGGAUACUAGUUAUGGAGAUUGUGCCGGGAUUAUCGCUCUAUCGAGGACUGUAUGAGCUUGGUCAAUAUGCAUUCUCUGGAAGUGCUAUGGGAGCCACCGGUAUGAUGUGGGAGAAUUUGAAAGACCCAAUCAAUGGAAUGUGUGAUAUCUUGAUCAUACUGACUGUAGAAUCGGCAUUACUGCUUGCAUUAGCAUUCUAUUUGGAUCAAGCCUCAUCAGUAGGUGGUGGUGUCAGAAAUCCCUUACUCUUCUUUAGAUGUUCUCAGAAGAAGCAUGCACCAUCAUUGCAGAAAACUAGCUUUGUGCCACAGGAUUCUAAAGUAAUCGUUGAUAUGGAAAAACCAGAUGUUGCUCGAGAAAGACAGGCAGUUGAGCAACUAUUGAUGGAUUGUAAUACAAACCAAGCUAUCAUCUGCUACAACCUCAGGAAGGUUUAUCCUGGAAGGGACGGUAACCCAGACAAGCUGGCUGUUCGAGGAUUGUCUCUUGCCCUACCAAAAGGCCAGUGCUUUGGAAUGCUUGGCCCAAAUGGAGCUGGGAAAACAUCCUUCAUUAGUAUGAUGAUUGGGCUUACUAAGCCUACAUCUGGUACUGCUUAUGCCUAUGGAAUGGAUAUAAAUAUGGACAUGGACGACAUAUACACAAAUAUGGGCGUGUGCCCUCAGCAUGACUUACUUUGGGAAACAUUAACAGGAAAAGAACAUCUGUUCUUUUAUGCUAGACUGAAGAAUCUUAAAGGUGCUGCAUUAGUGAAGGCUGUUGACGAUUCUCUGAAGAGUGUAAAUCUGUUUGGUGUUGGUGAUAAGCAAGUGGGGAUGUACAGCGGAGGCAUGAAAAGAAGGCUCAGUGUGGCAAUAUCAUUAAUUGGGGACCCCAAAGUUGUUUUCAUGGAUGAGCCAAGCACAGGACUAGAUCCUGCAUCAAGAAAUAACCUGUGGAAACUUGUGAAGGAAGCCAAGAGAAACCGUGCAAUUGUCCUUACUACACACUCGAUGGAGGAGGCAGAGGUACUUUGUGAUCGGCUUGGCAUUUUCAUUGACGGCGAGUUCCAAUGCCUCGGAAACCCUAAAGAGCUAAAGUCGAGAUACGGAGGUGCAUACAUAUUUACAGUUACAACAUCUCCGGAACAAGAACAGGAGGUUGAACAACUAGUUCAUCACCUGUCGCCCAGUGCAAACAAGAUCUACAAUCUUUCUGGGACUCAAAAAUUUGAGCUGCCAAAGCAGGAGGUGAGGAUAGCCGAUGUUUUUCAUGCCAUUGAGAUUGCGAAAAGCAGGUUCAGCAUACAUGCCUGGGGCCUGGUUGACACAACCUUGGAGGAUGUCUUCAUCAAGGUUGCCAAGGGAUCACAGGUGUUCAAUGAUUUUGCAUAG